CAAGGUCUCCCGUUUCCAGGUUCCUCCCUAUGCCCCACCUGGAGUCUAGGCGCUGUCUCCGCCCCGCGCCGCGCACACCCAAGCGGCCGUCGAGCCGGCGUCCCGGACUCCGUUUCAGGUUCCAAGCUCUCGGCGGAAGAAAUACGGCGGCGGGCAGAGGCGCGGCCGCCCCCUCCGCCUGAUUUCGCCCACCCCGCCCGGCCGUGCCGCGUGGAGCGCCCGGGAGCGCGCGGAGCUGGGCGCGCUGACUUGGGUCAUGGAGGCGGCCUGCACCUGGGCGCUGCUGUUGCUGCUGCUGCUGCUGCUAGCAGCGCUGGCGUUGUCGGGGACCCGUGCCCCCCGCCACCUGCCUCCCGGGCCCGCGCCGCUGCCGCUGCUGGGAAACCUUCUGCAGCUGAGGCCCGGCGCGCUCUACUCGGGGCUCUUGCGGCUGAGCCAGAAGUAUGGCCCCGUAUUCACUGUACACCUGGGGCCGAGGCGCCGCGUGGUGGUCCUGGUGGGCCAUGAGGCCGUGCAGGAGGCCCUGGGUGGGCAGGCCGAAGAGUUCAACGGGCGGGGCAGGCUGACAACGCUGGACGGAACCUUCCAGGGCCAUGGGGUUUUCUUCUCCAACGGGGAGCGCUGGAAGCAGCUGCGGAGGUUCACGACGCUCAGCCUGCGGGACCUGGGCAUGGGGAAGCGUGAAGGAGAGGUGCUGAUUCAGGCCGAGGUGGGCCACCUGCUGGAAGCGCUCAGGGACACGCAAGGACAGCCGUUUGACCCCUCACUGCUGCUGGCUCAGGCCACCUCCAACAUGACGUGUUCCCUCGUCUUCGGCCGCCGCUUCCCCUACGAGGAUGAGGAGUUUCAGGGCGCGGUCCAGGCUGCCAAGGGCAUCCUGCUGGAGAUCUGCUCCCCGUGGGGCCAGACCUACGAGAUGUUCUCCCACCUCCUGCAAAAGCUCCCAGGCGCCGGUGGCCUCUCUCAGUUGCUCAGCCAUGUGGGCACCUUGGCAGGCUUCGCCACCCGGCAGGUGCAACAGUGCCAGGCCCACCCCAACCCCUCGGGCCCUGCACGGGACGUGGUGGAGGCCUUCCUGCGGAAGAUGGCCCAGGAGGGGGGAGACCCUGUGACAGAGCUCACCACUGAGAACAUGCUGAUGACCAUCAUCUACCUGCUGUUCGCAGGGACAAUGACCGUCAGCACCACUGCUCGCUUCGUCCUCCUGCUGCUGCUAAAGUACCCCCAGGUGUACGAGCGCGUGCAGGAGGAGCUGGCUCGGGAAUUGGGGACCGGUCAGCUACCCAGCCUGGGGGACCGAGGUCGCCUUCCUUACACGGACGCGGUUCUGCAUGAAGCACAGAGGCUACUGGCUCUGGUGCCUAUGGGAAUACCCCGGGCCCUCACCAGGACCACCAGCUUCCGCGGAUACACCUUGCCCCAGGGCACCGAGGUCUUCCCCCUGCUUGGCUCUGUCCUGCAUGACCCCAAGGCCUUUGAGCAGCCCGAGAAGUUCAACCCUGACCGCUUCCUGGAUGCGGACGGAAAGUUCCAGAAGCAGGAGGCCUUCCUGCCCUUCUCCCUCGGAAAGCGUGCCUGCCUUGGGGAGGGCUUGGCCCGAGCCCAGCUCUUCCUCCUGGUCACAGCCGUGCUGCAGACCUUCUCACUGGACAGCCCGUUCCCGCCCUGCGCCCUCAGCCUCCAGCCAGCCGUCAGCGGCCUUUUCAACGUUCCCCCAGCCUUCCAGCUGCAAGUCCGGCCCCGCUGACUUCCCCUGACCCCAGUCCCCACCAUGCGCCCUGUGAGGGAGCCUUAACCUCUGACAUGGAGUUGAGAGUGUCUGGAGCCACGAGUCCACACUGCUGACAGCCACACUCAUAUCCCUGGAGUCUACACUGCCGGCAGACAGAUUCAUACUCCUCAGAAUCCACACUGCCGGCUGCCACAUUCACAUCCCCAGUCUACACUGCUGGCUGCCACAUUCAACCCCCAGAAUCUACACUACUGACAGCUACAUUCACACUAGUCUAUACUGCUGGCCGGCUGCCAUAUUCACACCCCUGGAGUCUACACUGCCGGCAGCCAAUUCAUACCCCCAGAGCUAUUUUCUAGAAGAAGGCACGUGGUUGGAUACUAGACCCAGAUGCCACAGGGCACAUGUGCCCACGGGUCUACACAGUGAUCCAGACAAGUCUGUACCCCGAGACAUGAUC